AUGAUUAGUAAUAAAAGCAAUGCUAACAUCGCUGCUACUCCUAUCAGAAAAGAUAGUAUUGUCAGUACCAAUAAUAAACCCUUAAGAGCUCAUGUCUGUGUAAACUAUUACUCUCAACCAUCACCAUCACCAUCGACUGAAAACUGUGCAACUCCUAAGGAUGAAAACGGAAAUUUGGGGUGCUUUUGUUUUAAAACAACAACAUUAGAUUUGGAGCCACCCUUUGAUGACAACGAACAACGUUACGACGAAGGUACUAAUUCAUUUUUUGAUAAUUUUUUCCUAGAAAAAGAUAGGUCACAAGGAAAUUCAAGGAAAAACAGUAUUUCCAGCCUUGAUAGUCUCAACAAUCGGUUAAUCCAAUGCGAUCAUGAAAACUGUAACAAAAGUGAGAUCAGUCCAUCGAAAGAACCCUCAGAAACCGAUGAGUAUGAUGAGUGCGAACAUACUGCAAAUACUUGUAUUAAUUCUUUGAAAUGUCAUAGGCAUCAUCAUAGAAGAGGUUCUGUUGCAAUUAAAUUCGACAAGAAAAUUGUAAGUUAUAAUGAUUAA